GGAGGUACAAGAUUUUCAUGCAACAGAAAGCUGCCUGCUGGAGCAUUCAGUAUUUACCACUGCCGGUCUGCAGCAGCUAAAAGUUGAGCAAAUAUGGUCAAGGACACUUCCUGAACCCCUGUUGAGAGGUUUGCUUACAGGUGAUGAAUGUCUCACCUUGAGGAGAAGCAAUGGAGGCUGCUGUCUUUGAGUAUCACAAAGAGGAAGACACCGUGGACAUCGAGGCUUUUCAAGGAGGGAAGCAGAAGCUCAUUCAGCCAACAUCUUUAAAAGACCCCAAAUUUGAGAGGCUAAAGGAGGCACUGGUUUAUUGGAUCAAUAGUACUUUGAAAACGGAGCACAUAGUGGUUCAGAGUCUGGAGGAGGAUCUGUACGAUGGGCUGGUGCUUCAUCACCUGCUGUCAAGGUUGGCCGGAGUGCAUCUGUCAGUGGAGGAUAUAGCACUGACCAGCCCCGCUCAGAUCCACAAGCUGGAAGUGAUCCUGGAGGAGUUGGAUAGUAGACUGGGCCUGCAGGACAGCAGCCAGAUCAAGUGGAACGUCAAACUCAUCCACAACAAAGACCUUCUGGCCACUAUUCAUCUGCUGGUUGCCAUGGUGAGAUCUUUCCAGCCUGAACUCGAAUUGCCACCGAAUGUGAAGGUUGAAGUUGUAGUUAUAGAAGUGACUGGAAGUGGAAUCAGAUCAGAGGUACAGACGGAGAUCCUGACGGAGGAGGGGGACUCAGGCUCAGACUCCCCCAGCAAUACUGAAAGGGAAGAUCCCAUCGAGCAACUGCUGAAGCUUGAGGCUCACAAGGUCAACACAGUGAAGAAGGCCAUCCUACACUUUGUCAACCAGAAUAUGUCGACCAUGGGUCUGCAAGUGGCUGAUAUGGACAAACAGUUUGCUGACGGUGUGAUUCUGCUGCUGCUGAUCGGACAGCUGGAGGGAUUCUUCAUCCCGCUCUACGACUUCAACCUGACACCUGUCAAUCACUCAGAGAUGAUUCAGAAUGUGACCUUGGCCUUGGACCUCCUUAAUGACAUGGGCCUUCACAUGUCCAGUGUUGAGCCACAAGAUAUUGUGUCCCAAGACGUCACUGCCACCUUGAAGGUCCUGUACGCCCUGUUCAAGAAGCACAAAGAGAAAAAAUGAGAGAGGAGGAGUUACUCAGCGACCAAGGGUACAAACAGAGCUGGAGACAAGUGGAGUUUUUGGCCAGCUUGUGCUUUUUUUUAACUAAAGCAAAUGUUGUACAUUAUUUACAGAGUGAAGUUGACUGUAUUUAGACAUUUUGUUGAUGAUUUUAAGCUCAUUUAAAGGUACAGUAUGUAAUUCUGGAGAAAUAUAUUUGAUUGUUCAGUCUGAUUCCCAGUUUGUCAAAUACCAACGCUUUGGGAUGGUGGUUUGGUUUUUUAUUUUUUAUUUUUUUAUUAACCUUUAUUUAUACAGGUAAAAUCUCAUUGAGACCCAGGGUCUCAUUUACAAGAGAGACCUGUUCCAGGUGGGCAAGUCCAACUACCAACUACCAACCCAAGGUCGUCUGUAUUUAAUGACCUGGGAAUGAGAUUCAGGAUGUCCGGGUUAACCACAAGGAAUAUUUUUUGUCAGGUAUACAUGUCAGUCUAUAGGUUAACUUUGCUACUCUUUAGUUUAGUGGACUGUGCACCACCCAGGUCUGGUGGGAGCAAGCAAGCAGUGCCACUGGGUCAGGGAUAACCACUAGGAGCGGUGUCCCGACCCAACAGCGUCGCUGUGGAAACAUCUUGCCUGCCCUAUGGUCUCCCCCCCAGGUCACCCUGAUAAAAAAGCGGAUCAAUUUUAACUGCAAACCCCCUUUAGCAUUGUUGUUAGCACAGUUAGCAGUGUCAACACGGCUGGUGAUGUAAACAUAGUAACAGUGUUAUAUGGGUUUUGCAGCUCAAAAUAAAGCUGCGUACUCACUGGGGCUAUCUACAGGGAGACUGGAGGGUAGUCAUUAUGAUUCCUCAGCAACGCUGUCCUGUGAUCAGAACGGUGGGUUUUUUUCAUUUAGGUUUAUUUCAGUUUAGAUUUCUGUUCUGGAAAUGUAUGAAAAAAAGUGCAUAUUCUGAAAACUUAAUAUAAACUUAAAAAAAUAUGAACUUAAUAUAAAAAAAUGAUUGUCUUAAUGUAAGUAAUCACUGUUUCAUGGUGAUACCUAUCAGUCGAAAUGUUUAUCUUAUUCAUCUGUAGUGUCUUAAUUUUUGGUAAGAAAAAAAAAAUGUCUGAAAUUUUACAAUAAAUAAAGGUCAUCACCUUUCACUCUAGUACAUCAGCAAAAUGAAACAGUAAUUUUGAACGUGGCUUUAUCCAAUAUUUACAUCUGUUCUGGAAAUGUAUGCAAAUUAGGGCAUCUGAAAUUCAAUGGUGCCCCAUUUGUAUAUUGAAAUAAAACUUUUCAGAAAUCUUGUAAUGAAAAAAAAAUUCUUAAUGUAAGUGAUCAGCUUGGGAAGUGUCAUGGUGAUAUCUAUGAGUUAAAAGUGUAACCCUAUUCACCUGGGGGGACUCUACUUAAAAUUAAGCACGAAAAAGCUAAAGAAGCUUCCUGUGUGCCGAGUAGUUGUUGAUAGUUGCUGAUAAUUUGACAAAUUGCAUAACUGUUUAUGUAUAUUUCACCACUGCAAAAUCAACAGCUCAACGUGGCAGGUUGUCCAUGAACCCUGGGGUUGAGGGUUGGAUCCAUAGUUCCUCCUGUCCACAUAUCCAUAUAUUCCUGGGUAAGACGCAGAACAUCAAAUUGCUCCAGAUGGUGAGGCCAGCACCUUGCAUACCAUCUGUGCAAGGGCCCCGUGAAAAAAAACCUAGUUCAGUCAGGAACUUCAGUCAAAGAAAACUUUAUUUCCAUUUGCAGUAUUAUAUUUGGCUGUAUGGCUCUGUUCUGGGGCCUCUGGCUUUCUUUGGGCCUAUGCAGAAAGCCUUUUCCAAGGGCCUAUGAGGAAAGCCUAAGGCAGAGAGAGCACACCUCUCCACCCUUACACGUGCAAACAAGGCAAGCCUAAGGCAGGGAGAGCAGCAGCAAAGAUUCCCGGGAACAGAAUAGAGCAGCAUAAAUGACAUUGAUAAGUAAGUGGUUGCAUAGAAAGGAAUCAUGUGAUCUAUCAGCUGACUCCCUUCUAUCAAUCAGCCUCUCCAUCAGUUGAUUGGGCUGUUUGAGAUCAGCUGAUGUAGCUGGGAUGUGAGCUGAGUUUGACACUGUGUCCUGCCUGAACUAAUGCUAUGCUAUUUUAAGACGCAAGUUCACAUAUAGGUAAAAUAUACGUAUUGUUGAAGUAAGUAUGUUAUUUCCUGCUUUAUUUCCACCAUCUCUUCCUCUCUUUCCUUCACUAUAUUUACAUAUUUCCAUUUAUAUUUCAGUCUGAAAAUGGCACUUUUCAUUCUUGCUAUAGAAAAGCAUUGUUCUCCACUUCUCAAUAAACAAUGUGACUUUC